AUGAAGAAGUUUAAUUUUCGCAAAGUUUUGGAUGGUUUAACUGCCGCAUCCCCUGUUGGAAGCAGUGGCGGUGGCAGUGGAAGUGGGGCUGGUGGCUCCGUGCACCCAGGAGGGACUGCGGGAGCUGCAGGGACGCCCAGAGAGGAGAUCCAAGAGACGCUCACUUCAGAUUAUUUUCAGAUCUGUAAGACGGUUCGCCAUGGUUUUCCUUACCUACCCACUGCCUUAGCUUUUGACCCAGUUCAGAAAAUUCUGGCAAUUGGAACAAGAACAGGAGCCAUACGAAUAUUGGGCAGGCCUGGUGUUGAUUGCUACUGCCAACAUGAAAGUGGUGCUGCCGUUCUGCAGCUCCAGUUCUUAAUCAAUGAGGGUGCUUUGGUCAGUGCAUGUGCAGAUGAUGCACUUCAUUUGUGGAACCUCCGACAGAAACGACCAGCUAUUCUACAUUCUCUGAAAUUUAACAGGGAAAGGAUUACUUACUGCCAUCUACCUUUCCAGAGUAAAUGGCUUUAUGUUGGAACAGAGAGAGGAAAUACACACAUUGUAAAUAUUGAGUCCUUCAUUCUUUCUGGAUAUGUUAUCAUGUGGAACAAGGCAAUAGAACUAUCCACCAAGACUCACCCUGGCCCAGUUGUACAUUUAAGCGACAGCCCAAGAGAUGAGGGAAAAUUGUUGAUAGGCUAUGAAAAUGGGACCAUCGUGUUCUGGGACUUACGAUCUAAAAGAGCCGAUCUGAGAGCUUAUUAUGAUGAGGCUAUUCAUUCUGUUGCUUGGCAUCAUGAAGGGAAGCAGUUCAUGUGUAGUCACUCUGAUGGCAGCUUGACCCUGUGGAAUCUGAAAAGCCCUAACAGACCAUUCCAGACCACAAUUCCACACGGAAAAGUUCAAAGAGAUGGAAAAAAACCUGAAUCUUGUAAACCAAUUCUUAAAGUAGAGUACAAGACCUGUAAAAACAGUGAACCAUUUGUGAUAUUUUCUGGUGGACUGUCGUAUGAUAAGCCUUGUCGAAGACCAAGUUUAACAAUCAUGCAUGGGAAAGCAAUUACAGUUCUUGAGAUGGAUCAUCCUAUAGUUGAUUUUUUAACUCUUUGUGAAACCCCGUAUCCAAAUGAAUUUCAAGAACCCUAUGCUGUAGUUGUGCUUUUGGAAAAAGAUCUCAUUGUCGUUGACCUGACACAAAGCAAUUUUCCAAUCUUUGAAAAUCCAUAUCCUAUUGACAUUCAUGAGUCACCUGUUACCUGCACAGAAUAUUUUGCGGACUGUCCUCCAGAUUUGAUCCCUGUGCUCUAUUCUGUAGGAGCAAAACAUAAAAAGCAAGGAUACAGCAAUAAGGAGUGGCCUAUCAGUGGUGGGGCAUGGAACCUUGGAGCUCAGACAUAUCCUGAAAUCAUUAUUACAGGCCAUGCAGAUGGAUCAGUAAAAUUUUGGGAUGCUUCUGCCAUUACUCUACAGAUGUUGUACAAACUAAAAACAUCAAAGGUCUUUGAAAAACAGAAAGUGGGAGAAGGAAAAGCAACAGCUGAGAUUGUGGAAGAAGAUCCUUUUGCUGUUCAGAUGAUGUACUGGUGUCCUGAAAGCCGAAUUUUCUGUGUGGCAGGAGUUUCUGCCUAUGUGAUUGUUUACAGGUUCAGCAAACAUGAAGUAAAUACUGAAAUUGCAUCAUUAGAGGUACGACUUCAGUGCGAAGUAGAAGACAUCAUUACUCCUGAACCAGAAACAAAUCCUCCAUUUCCAGAUGCCUCCUCCCAGCUUCCUUCUUUAAAGAGCCUUUCAGGCAGUACCAACACUGUAGCAUGUGAAGGAACGAUGAAGGACAGUAUCCCAUGUCUUAGCGUUAAGGCUCGACCUGUGCGGAUGCCUCCCGGCUACCAGGCAGAUUUGGUUAUCCAGCUGGUGUGGGUGGAUGGUGAGCCUCCACAACAGAUUACCAGUCUUGCUGUAAACUCUGCUUACGGACUAGUGGCUUUUGGGAACUGCAAUGGUUUGGCUGUUGUGGAUUUCAUGCAGAAGACAGUCCUGCUGAGCAUGGGCACCCUCGACCUCUAUGGAUCCAGUGAUCCAUACCAGCGGCAGCCCCGCUCACCUCGCAAGAGCAGGCAGUUUGCUGCAGGCCUGACUGAACUCAGUGACAGUCCAGUUUCCCUGGAGCUUGAGCGUUGCAAGUCUCCCACUUCAGUUAAAGGAUCAAGAAAGUUAAGUCUGCCAACAGAUCUUAAGACUGAUCUUGAUCACGUGAAUGGUCACUGUACAAGCCCAACAUCCCAGAGCUGCAGUUCAGGCAAACGACUUUCCAGUGCAGAUGUGUCGAGAGCAAACCGCCGAGGGCCCGGCAGGCCCCCCUUCAGGAAAGCCCAGUCUGCAGCCUGCAUGGAGAUUUCUCUCCCAGUCACCACGGAAGAAAACAGGGAAAACUCCUUCAGCCGUUCCCGAAGCUCCAGCGUGUCCAGUAUCGACAGGGACUCAAAGGAGGCAAUCACAGCUCUGUACUUCAUGGAGUCCUUUGCCCGAAAGAACGACUCUGCUGUUUCCUCCUGCCUCUGGGUCGGAACGGGCCUCGGGAUGGUCAUAAUCCUGUCCCUUAAUCUGCCUGCUAGUGACGACUCACGGCAGUCAGAGCCAGUCACGGUGUCACCAAGUGGCACCGUCCUGACACUGAAGGGAGCCGUGCUGACCUUCGCGUGCUUGGACUGCAUGGGGACAUUGACACACCAGCCCUAUGAAGUCUGGAGGGAUCCGCACAGUGCUGAUGACGGUGACAAAACAAGGAAAAGGAAACUUGUCAUGCAUUCCCCUUCCUCCUCCCAGGAUAUGGGUGAUCAUCAAUUUGCAGUCAUUUGUUCAGAAAAACAAGCCAAAGUCUUCUCAUUGCCUUCCCAAACAUGUCUUUAUGUCCACAACAUCACCGAAACGUCCUUUUUAUUGCGAGCAGAUGUGGUCACCCUCUGUAACAGCGUCUGUCUGGCGUGCUUUUGUGCCAAUGGGCACAUCAUGACACUGAGCUUGCCCAGCCUUCGCCCGCUGCUGGACAUCAACUAUUUGCCUGUCACAGACAUGAGGAUAGCACGGACCUUUUGUUUCACUAACGAAGGGCAGGCUUUGUACCUGAGCUCUCCCACAGAGAUCCAGCGCCUGACCUACAGCCAGGAGAUGUGUGACAACCUGCAGGACAUGCUUGGGGAUUUGUUUACUCCCGUGGAAACACCAGAAGCCCAAAACAGAGGCUUCCUCAAAGGACUUUUUGGAGGAAGUGGACAAGCUUUUGACAGGGAGGAGCUUUUUGGCGAGGCCACGGCAGGAAAAGCCUCGCGCAGCCUCGCCCAGCACAUCCCUGGAUCCGGCGGGAUUGAAGGCGUGAGAGGAGCGGCGGGCGGGGUCAUUGGGGACCUGACUCGCGCGCGCAUUGCCCUGGACGAGAGGGGACAGAAGCUGGGCGAGCUGGAUGAAAGGACUGCCAGCAUGAUGGCCAGCGCAGAGGCGUUCUCCAAACAUGCACACGAGGUGAUGCUCAAAUACAAGGACAAAAAGUGGUACCAGUUUUAGACUUUCAAGGAAGCUGCUUGUGGCUUUAUUAAGAACACAGUUCAGGGAAGCAGCCUUUAUUCCCAGAUCUACCAGUCACUGGCCAGAGACAGUUUUUUCUCCUAGAAGAUGUUUUCCUGUUACUGUUAUUGGAUUCAUCACAGUGGACGUCAAGGAGAAAUUUUACAGACCAUGGGAUGGAAGCUGGAAUCAUGAGGGUCUUUCCAACAGCUGACUCUUGGGGUGGCCAAUUUUUUCCCAAAAGGAACUCAACCAUCACUGUGGCAUGUAGUUUUUCAAAAGCUGUAGGUAUGAACUGUGGGGAGUGCGUCUGGUUAAAAAUAUUCUGUACAAACUCGAAUGUUAAUGCACUUAUAAAACUUUGCAUGGCUAAUUGACAUCUUAAAAAAAAAAAAAAACAGAAAAAGGAAGCAUGUUGUGACCGAAGAAAAAUGGGAUUUAUUUCUAUUCUGAGAAAAAAAAAAAAAAGAAAAAACACCUUAAAUGACAAAAAUCUUUAUUUUUUAAAAGUUACAUUAUAAAAAGCCAGGACAUUUCAAGCAUGUUUGCUACUGUUCUCCACAUAAAAAUGAGUUGAGCUGCAUUUUCUUAUCAGCUGUUUAUUUCCCUUGAAAAGCCUUGCCCAAGGCAAUGCUCUUUAACUCCUACCAGAAAAAUAAAUAAAUUUAAAAUCCUAUCCCCAAAAUGUAACGAUUUUGCAGGUAGCUGGACAGGCACUAUCUAACAAGAUCAUUAAGACAUGUCAUAGAUGGUUUAUUUGCAAUUCAGAGCACAUGAAACAUCAUCCUAAUCUAUACAUUUAAAAUGUGCUCUAGAUUCAUCUGUUGUCCUUGAAGGGGGGCUGUGGCACUUUUCAUCCCCGUGGAGGCUGUAUCACUUGGUUGCCUUAUUUCCCAGUAGCAGGAAUAGGAAAUCAGCUUUGGAAAGCAUUUCUUCAAGUUAGGAGAGGGAAGAUGGGAAACCACAGUCCCAUCAAACACUGCUCACAGAGGCUGCUCAGCAGCUUGCAGAGCAGCUUAAGUGCUCAGCUGAAAUUAUGAGUGGGGGGCCUGCACAGAAACCCCCCCAAAACCUGUGACAGAAAGGGAGAUUAGAGCAGGAACACUACACAGUGGGCCAGGGAGGAGCAUGGAAAACCCUUGUCAACAUAUGUAUGGAGCACAGAAAUGAAGUGACACCAUGGGUGAGUGGCAAUUUAUACUCUGCUCACACUGCUAAAAGUAAUUUGCUUCUGCUUCAGAGUGGCCUGUUUGGCUUUUGCAGUGAAUGCUGCAGGAAACUCUGCAACCUGCAGCCACAGAAGAGAACAGUGAGCUGGAUUUAUUGCCUAUCCUGCUGGAGUGCUCCACCCUAUCCUGCAAGACUCACUGCCACACAACUCAGCUCUUAGGUUGGAAAUUUUUCCAAGAUUGGGCUGAAAACAAGGCACUGAAGGCUUGUUUUCAUGUGUCUGGACAUAGUUUUAAAUUAGAAAAAAGGAAGUGAGGAAAAGUUGGAAAAAUAGCCUUUAAAAUUUUUCUUUUGAAGAAGUGUAACAUUUGUCUCUUCAAGGAAUCCUGAUGGACACUGAGAGAGACAGGCACCAUCCCACUCCCACCUAGACCUUAAUUUCACUGGUGUUUGUAUCAUCACAGUGUUCAUAUGGUCCCUCUCAAAAACACCUUUUCCUUCUUCUUCCUUUACCUACAAUAAAAUACAGCCCAGGAAGUUGUACCAUCCACAAGUCUGGCCUCACAAUUGGCCCACUGCUCAAGUUAAAGGGUUGGAAGAGAUUUGAGGUGUUAAGUUUUAAAUUCCCAUUGUGGCAGAACAGAAUUUCAUGAUUUACAGGAUUUUUACGUUUUGCUGUAGCCGAAAUCAAAGUGAUGGCCCUGACAGGUCUAGUCAACUGGGAAUGGGACUCCACAAGUUUCUCUAGCACAGGAAAACCUGCUCUAUGUUGUCAGAACUGUAGAAACUUGCAGGGAAAAAGGUCAAAGCCUGAGCAAUUCCUGGGCUUCUGCUGAGAGCUAAGGAAUUGGAGUUGUCCGUGACCCAAGAGGAUUCCUCUGUGUGUUUGUGUGUAAGGAUAAACCAAACUUGCCAAUCUGAUUCCAAUAGGAACUGGGUUGGGGAAUUCCUUCCAGGGGCUGGGUCACAGAAGUAACCACUGGUGCCUGUGAGGAAGCACUGCUCUAAGCAGGCAUCAGGAAUGAGGAAUAAAGGAGAACAUUAUGGCAAGUUGAUCUUCAGUUCAAACCUGUAUCACUGGGCCUGUGCUCUGGCCUACAAUCCAAACCCACUGGUCUCUGAGCAACAACAUCAUUUGGGGCAGCAUUCAAAAUGUCCAGCAGCCAGCUUAUUUUCCAUUCUGCCCUGGUGUGUGGCAGUCAGAAGCAGCCCCAGAGGCUGAUUGGAAUCAUGGGAUCUUUGAAGAAAACUAACGAGCAACUUCUGACUGCUGAUCACUGCAGCUCACCCGGAGAGAAAAGUGUCCUCAACAAGUCUUUACACAGGGCCCAGCUGACUCUGGCUGCCAACAAACAGUCUCUACUUUAACACCAGGGGAAAAAAAAAACCUGCCAGUAGAUUUCCAUUUGCAUUUUUAUGCAACAGAGAAAUGAGAAUUUAGCAGCCCUCAAACUUACAAUUUUUAAUGCUAAACUUCUAAGCAACUUUUCUUUAGUACUCCCCAUCAGGUCACAGCUUUCCACUCUUACAUAUUUUACAUAUUUCCAGACAGUUACCAAUUACCAUUUCUGUUAAGUUCGCCACUUGUGACUAUAAUUAUCAAUUUUCUUGUAGUCUGUAGAGAUCUAAAAAGAUGUAUAUGUUUGUAUAUAGAACAUUCUAUAUAUAUAAUAUAUAUAUGUAAUGUAUAUGUUGUAUAAGUUUGUUAGUGCACACUGUUAAAUGCUUUCUAUCGAGAGUUACCAUGUAUGUGGAAAAAACCCAUCACUUAAAAAGUUCAAUGAGGGAGGAAAAACUCUUGCCUGGGUGAUUUAUUGUGAAAUGAGGGGGAGUGUGGGAUUUUUGCAAGGCUUGCCCUGCACACUGCUCCAGGCUGUCAGUGACAGGCAUGGAGCUGCAGCAUUCCCAGCGAGGAGCACAGCAUCUGACUCUGAGAAAGACUGUAGGACUGUGACUGGCUGGAGGAAAAUCAAGGACAUUGGCUGUCACUGGAUGUUGAAAUCUUUCUGUGCUUUCACCUUUCCCACUCAGACAGCACCACCUCAAGCAAAAUCCCAAGCUUAGAUGUCUCUUCAGCCUCGCAAUCCUCAGCUACACCAGGCCAGAUGGGCUGGAAAUAUUAGUUCAGUUUAAAAUGCUGUUUGUUCAUUUAGAUACUUUGUUCUCUCAUGCUCUUCUCUCCAGGAUCUCUGUCACAAUCAGAUCCAAAACCAGUUACACAGAACUUCCAACAGCACACACACCUUUGGGUUUGACCAGAUGUUUGUAAUCUUAUGUCUAGUGCUGUAGAUAGACAGAAAAAAAUGCAUUAAAUUAGAUUAUUUAUAAGUCUGCAGAGUUGGCAAGUCUUCAAUGAAGUACAAGCUACUUUAUUUAUUAAUAAAAAAAAUUAAAUCUAUUCCUAGAGCUUUAACUUCAGUUGCAAGCCUUGAAUUAAAAGACAUGACAAUUGAAAUUUUGAGAAUCAGGUUUUGUUUUCUGUAAUUACCUGGGGGGAGGGGGUUUAAGUUUUUUCACAGUUCUACAGUUCAACUAUCUACAUCAAUUAGUCAUGCCCCACAACACCAGGAUUGUUACAAAAAUGUGUAACAAAAGCAUUCUAUUUACUACAUGUAUUGUAUAAAAUUAUCACAUAAACCUCCUCUAAAACAGUUUAUACUCCUUUUCCAGAAUCCCUUUACACCACAGUGCGUGCAUAGUGCAGGUGGGCAUAGAAAGAUUUUUUUUUUUUUUUUAAAUAGAAACCACUCCAGAGCUGCAUCCAGCCUCAGCCCUCCUUCAUAUACAAACUCUGUGUGUGGCAGCACAGGCAAAGCCACAGUUUUUGAUCAAUUAUGCCCCUCAAAUAGCCCAGGCCCUGCCCCACCCAUCCUUUCCCAUAGCCCAAAGGUGAACUCAAGCACAGCAUAUUUCAGUCUGGAAUGUUUCUUUGCCUUGGCAGGCUCUGGUAGGAGCACACUCUCUCUCAUGAAGGAAGUGCGUGUGGACAUUGGCAGCCAACUCCUCCUCUUAGGUGUAUAAGCAAUAGUCACGUAAAUGAGUGUUUCCAUUCAUGUGUUUUGUUUUGUGAUUAAAUCAACAAAUCAAGCGUUGUACUUUUUUAAAUAGCAGCAAAUAUUCAGAUUCAGUGUCAAGGAAAUGUGGGCUGAGUAUGUGUGUGGUUUGUUAACGAGUCAUUACCUGUCUCUCAGAACGAAGGCUGAUCUGGGGUGAACCACACACUCCUGUGCUAACCAUGUCCUGUUUCCACAGGUAUCCUAAAUCAGUAUCACAAAGCUAAGGCAUCUUAAAGUGAGACUGUCUCAAGCCCCCAUUAACAACCAAAAAGUAAAAAAUAAAAAAACAGAGGG